GCAGAGACGAGCUGGGUGUUGUUCGGCCGUUCGGCCAUUUGGCUCGCGUUAGCCGAGUGAUGACAUUCGUAUAAAAUAAAUUUAAUGCGGCACUUGAGUAGGAAGUAUCGACGUAUCGAUACUUGUUUAUAUUUCCGGUGCUUGCUUAUCGUGCAUUCUGAUAAACUAUGCUGAUAGCGUCUGAAGAUGGGAAGAUCUACUGUGGAAAGGAGGAAGCGUAGUACGUCAAGAUCCUUACGCUCCACGAUCGCUUACGCGCAAAUGACAACAGUGUAAACAAACAGGAAAACCACGUUGAAGCACAAAAAGGAUUGUGCCACGUACAGAAUGAGUGUAUUAGAAGCUGGACCUGACGUUCUUGCAGAAUUGCUCGAAAUUUCCAUUCACAACAUCCUAUAUACCAGAAAAUUAUAUCCAGAAUCUGCGUUCAGAAGGACGCGGAAGUACAACGUUCCAGUUCAGCUCGCAGUUCAUCCGAAAGUCGUCGAAUAUAUCGACAACUGCAUAGCAACUGCGCACAAGCUCUUGCAAAAAAAUGAGCUAAGCAGGUUAGCAGUCACCGUCAUGGGAGAAAACUUCAAACCCGUUGAACAGUUUGUUUUUGAGGUGUCUGUCAAAAUGGAAAGCUCGACAGAAUGUCCUAGUCAGAACUUUGAGUGCGAAGAAGAUUUCCUGCUGGAUACGGAAGCUUUGGCACGCGCAAUUAUCCUGAGGAUCUCUACUUCGGACUCUGUGCUAAAAGCAAACCCAAAAGGCUGCUCUUUCACCAUUCAGCUAUACACCAAGGAAAGCACGGCAAUGCGGAUGUCCCUCAGUGGGGAACCUGAAGAUGAGAAGUUUCCAUGGAUUGAAGCAGACACAAGGGAGAGUGAAGUCCCAAGUGGUAGUGUUAUUCCCCUCAAGUGUACAGAGACAAGCUUAGGAAAGGUCCAGCUGUAUGUCGUGGAGAGCGACUUCAAGCAAAUACAGCUAUGACAAGGAAAUAAUGAAGCUACUGGAUCUCCAGUACAUGUUCAGUGAGAGCUAAGACAUUCCUUAUACAUUUUUUGUAUGUACGUAGUACAAAUAUGUUAGUUGAUUUUGUACAGCUGUGUUGGUUGAUGUGAAUAAAUAAUCACUGUCCA